AUGGUGCGCGACGGCUCGGGCAGCGCCGCCGUGCACGCCUGCAAUGCCUUCCACGUCCGGACGGAGGCGCUCGAAGGCUUCUACGAAUCUGCUGGAGCACUCGUCGCCUCCGCGCGCGCCGAGACCGGCUGCGCGUGCUUCAACGUGCGCCGGGAGUUGGACUGGGCGCGGCGCGUAUCGGACGAGUCGCAGCAGCUGGUCAUGGUGCACCAGGAGUGGCGCUCGGCGGGGGACCUGGAGGCACAUACGCGCUCUGCGCAAGCGCAACAAUUCGACCGAGCGCUUGUGGAGGGGUCGAUGCUGGCCUGCGCGCCGAACGUGAGCAUCUUCGGCCCGGCCAUGGGCCCCGACGAGCUGCGGGCGCUGGCCGGGCAGGUUCGCGCGGCCCUGGGCGAGCCUGGGGCGGCGGCCGCCUCCUCGGGGCCGCUGCCGCCGCGGCCCCCACCGCUCGCCGGGGCGGAGCAGCCGCAGCCUGGCCGCGCUCGUGCUGGCAGCCGCGAGCGCAGUGGCGGCAGCUCUCUCGCGCGCAGUGGCAGCGGCACAGCCGCUGGCUCCAGGCCUGGCAGCGCUUCCAGAGGGCGACCCGGCAGCGCGUCCCAGACCGGCUCCCGCGGCGCGGCCGGGCCCCGGGCCAGCAGUUCGAGCGCGGGCGCCGCGUGGCGCUAG